AUGGAUUUAUGUAAACAACAUCAAUUUGAUGACAACUUUGCUUGUAUCUAUUGUGAAACAUUUUUCUGUAUUAACUGUGAUUCAAAUCAUGAAGAACAUCUUAUUCAUUAUUUAAUAGAUAUGAAACCUUACAUGGAUAGUGUAGUAGAGGUGAUAAAAAGGUUUUCAUAUAGAGCUAUGUGCAUUCAAGAUAAAAUCAAUACCAAAAGAGAGAAUCUCAGACAGAAAAUGGAGAAUGGAGAAUCAAAAAUCAAAGACAGUGACUAUGAAAUGGAAAAAGAAAAAAUUAGGUUACUAGAAAUAGAAUUAGUAGAUGCUGAGGAGGAUAAAAGAGAGGUCGAAGAAAACUACAUGAAAUCUACUCGUUUAUAUAAUCUUUUGAUGACUCAUUGCAGUGACUACAUGCAAAAAACCCAACUAACUAAAGAAUAUCAAGAAGAAGAAGAAGAAUAA